GCGCGGGCGGCUGAGAUGGGCUGCUGCAGCAGCCGGAGCUCGGAUUCGCCGGCCAGCCGCGUCACGCGCUGGCGCUCCACCGGGAUCGUCGCGCUCCGGGACGCCAGAUUGAAGGUAGUACCAAAUGAAGUUCUACAAGUGGGGAAAUCCCUUAGAACUCUGGAUUUGACAAACAACAAGAUAGUUGAGAUUCCGCAGGAAAUUGGUACCAUUGUGAAUAUGCAAAGACUUGUUUUGACUGGCAAUUUGAUCGAAAACAUUCCAGCUAAUAUUGGAUACCUGCGGAACCUUAAAAUCCUCACGCUUGACAGAAAUAGGAUCACCAUCUUACCUGAAGAAUUGGGUUCUUUGUCAAAUCUUCAGCAGCUUACUCUUUCUCAGAAUUCUUUACUGUACCUACCUAAAAGUGUUGGAGAUUUGUGCAAUAUGCUGCUACUCAAUAUAUCUGAUAACAAACUAAAUGCCCUUCCAGAAUCAAUUGGAGGUUGCAAGUCCCUGGAAGAAUUGCAGGCAAAUGGAAAUUCACUUGAAGAUGUACCCUCGUCAAUUUGCAACCUUAUUUGCCUCAAAUCUCUAUCAUUGAACGGAAAUAAAAUUCGCCAGCUUCCCCAAAACAUACUGAAAGACUGCAAGGCUCUUCAGAACCUUUCACUGCAUGACAAUCCAAUCUCGAUGGACAACUUCCAGCAAAUGGAUGGAUUCGAGCAAUUUGAAGCACGCAGAAGGAAGAAAUUCGACAAGCAGAUCGACUCAAAUGUCAUGAUGAGCUCCACAGCCUUGGAUGAAGGCAUUGACUUACGCUAGAGUUAAACUAUUUUUUCCCCAAUUAGUCCGAAUUAAUUGCAAACUUUGUAUAUAUCAAUGUCUUGACACUCCAAUUUGGUAAAGCAAUCAAUAAAUACAAAACAUAUGAAAAAUGAUUGGACUAUCUUUUGCAUGUGAAUC